AACGUCAUGGUGGAAAAAAGGAAUUAAAAUGAUUUGGUGAAGAAUAAAUUGCAAGCUAGAACUGGAACAGAAGAGGGAAUGAAGAAGGGAAAGGGAGACCAUUCACCAUGAUGAACUGUUAGAUAGGGGCAGACUAUUCCAGAAAGAAGAUUUGUAGAGGCAGUAAAUCCGCAAGUGUAUCAGUAUGAGAUGGGUGACUUUCCAACAGAAUGGGAAGCUUGGAUAAGGAAAAAGAGAAAUGAUCCACCCACCAUUGAGGAGAUUCUUAAGAAUGAAAAUUACAGAGAAGAAAUGAAACAAAAAAUCAGAGAUGUAUCUGAAAAGGACAAGCUCCUUCAGGCCAAGGAAUACAAAGAGGGACUUGUUGCUGAACCAGUUCAUACUCAUGUUAAGGGCCAUGCAUCAGCCCCUUACUAUGGAAAGAAAGAGCCUUCCCAAGAUCCAUCAAGCACUGCAAGUACUUUUCAGCCAGGUUCCUGGAUGCCACCAGGCAGCAGUAGCAGUCAUAAUAAAUAAACAAUUGUAAUGUACAGUUAUUGCCAGUGGAUAAAUAUUUUAAUAGAAAACACAAACAAUUGCUAUACAUAUAGUGUGUGUGUGCAAUAAAUUAAUAUUAAAGCUAUGUUUAUUUUUGCAGAAUUAUUCAAAUAGGCUUAAUUAUGACAAACCACUGUUAAAAAUCUGUUUGGAUUUAGUGAAAAAAGAGAUAUAUUACUAAUGAACAAGGGUUUGUUUUUUUUUUUUUUAAACAGUUGCUGUUCCUCAGUUAUUCUUUAGAUCAUUUUAGGUCAGAGGUUUUCUAGCUAGAUGAAUAACUUCCGCAAAAUAAUUUUUUAAGUUGACUUUUUUCUUGAAGACACAAUUAUGCUUUCGAUGUAAUGAAUUUUAGUUAAUUUAAUACACUUUAAAAUGAUCUUAAUUCUCAAACCUAGGCUUUUGGUCAAUAUAGUUCUCUAAAAUUCCUGUUAAUUCCCUCCAUAGUGCCAGCAUAUCAAAGUUGUUAGCUUUCCUCUGGUAACUGGAUGGUCAAGUUGAUCUCAUUAACAGGAAGUACCUUAACACUAUGGUGACUAUGCUUGUCAAUAAUUUUAGGGACAUGGUCUUGUAACUUAGGUUAAUGAAGGAGUCAACAUAUCUGAUGUUUUACUAGCCAGCCAACAGUAAGCACAAAAUACAGAGUUAAACCACACGUAAGUAUUCUUAAUAGGGUUUAGAAGCACUUAGUAAAGCUAAUGAAGAAUGAUGAAGAGGUAUGUUCUUUUUGGCACAAGGGACUGUCAGUUAUUUCCAAAAGGAGCAGUGGUAAGCUUGCUCUUUUUCUUUCUCAGACACGCACAGUACUGUGCCCCCUACCAAAGCAGCUAAAAAUCUCACUUUUGGCCUGAGGCUUCAUUAGCUUUUAUUUCCGAGUGCAUGCUGGGACUUCUCUAGAUUUUGUUAGAUAUAUUUGGCUAUAGUUUACAUAUACACAGAUUAUGUGCUUAGAGAUGAUGCUUGAGAAUUUCAAAUCAAAAUAAAGACCACACUUUUUUGAAAAAGUAUCAAAUUUAUUAAUGCAGUGUCAUCAGUUCUGUUCCCUGUGUUUUAAGCCAUGUCAAUAUCAAAGGUAACAACAUCAAAGAAAAACACUGGAGAGUUAAUUCCUCAUAAAAUUUGUAAACAUUACAUUCUAAUAAUGCUUGCUUUGACCAACAGUAGUUGAAGAGGGUCAACAAGUUAGUGACUGCAUAUAAAUUUCACAUUCUAUCUUUUAUUUCCAUUAAACUCCUCACUUUUAAUCCUGCUAGUAUCAAUCACCUCUGUAGGUCUCAUCUGAACAAUACAUCUCUGACUUCUUUUUUUUUUUUUUUUUU